GCCACGUUUUCCUGAUCAAGUGCCAUGCGACGAAUGUAUUUUUAUGAAUGAUUGCUCGCGAUCCCACAAGAAGCUUAAAUACCUGCUUAUCUCCCCAGUCAGUAGUGGAAGUGGCUGUCAAUACAUUUAAGCUUAUUUCCUAUUGAUUCAGUGACGUUGAGAUGCGUGCCAUUCCGUCAACACUUAUCAGCCUGGCCUUCGCAGUCUUGGCAACUGCCUCCGACGAAGAUGUCGUUUCGUUCCCCGCCAUUGGCGAAGUCGACAUCGUGUUUCCUCGGGAAGAUACAUACGCCGCCGAAGCGCCAUUCCCCGUUAUUUUCGGCCUUCAAAAUGCUCCUGUCUUGACAACCUUCAGUGGCACGCUCAACUGGGAACUUGAUUGUGCAUACACCCUCUUCGGCAUCGGCCGACUAUACCUAGACUUUCUACCAGACUCAGAACCAUAUUACUUUCUCAACACGAGCAAAGCCAUCGCCGACGCUGACGAGGGUGAUCAGUUUCAGUACUGGCGUGGCGAAGAAGAUUCUUGUAUCCUCAAGUGGGAUUUGCGGUGGACCACUGUUUGCGAGCCACGGAAAGACGGCAGUCUUCUCUUGAAGAACAAUCAGUUUGAACGAUCUGGAAACGUGACUUUUACUCUUCGCCCUGGCGCAAAGACGGCACGCAAGGCUAUCGCCGAGUACGACGGCUGCGCUAUUGGAGGCACUGCGGUGAAGGUUGAACGCAAUCACACAGUUGGUUGUCCCAUUCUUGCCGAAGACGCAUCACCUAAACCGAGGCCUUGUGACUUGGAUGUCAAAAAGGCCCGCAGUAGCCUUGCAGAGGCUGUUGUGAAACCUACCACUAGCUUGACUGCGAUACCCAGCAAAACGACCGAUACAGGUGUGGGGACAACAGGUACUGGGACCGAUGGCGCCUCGGAGUCUACUAGCACCGGAGAGGCCUCUGGGAAAAGCAGCGGUGGUGGAAAUGAUGACAAUGGUGCACAUGCACUAAGUAUUAGCAAAGGUGGACUCUUGACUUUGUUUACUGCUCUAGCUACUAGUACCCUUCUUGAACUAGUCAUGUAGGACUGAUAGCAUUGGUACGUAAGUAGAGUAGUUGAAUCAGUUGCCACAUCCCAGCCUCAGCUUCGGAAUCUGGACCAACAAACGAAGCAUUAGAUUUCAGCACCACCCAACAAGGCUUUUUACUAUCUCGCCGCUGCAUUGUCCUACUGAUAGAGAAAAUUCCCGUUCUAUACGUUGCUUUACAGUGGUCUGGGACAUGGUGCCAUGCAGAAAGUUUAUAACCGAUUUUGUCAUGGUGAACAGCUUAGCCCUGACUUGAGCUGUGGAGACUGAAACACCCCAGAACCGAUUUUAAGCAUAAGCUUGCAUA